ACACGGCUGCUACUCUGAAACCUGGACUUUCUGUGGAUCAUAAAUACCUCUUCCAGUGGGUGGUAUCUACCUUUGUAGCUAAUGCAACCAUAUUAAUUGCCAGUGGCAGCCCUAGGCCCAUGCAGCUGCAUAAGGCCCUGCACUACAUGCUGAGACCCAAACCAUCAGCCAGAGCAUUAGCUAUGAGCCUCAGUACAAUAGUCUAACUGAUUUUGGUGGCAGCACAUACAUCAGAGUGGAAUCCUCUGUCCUCCUGCUAAGAAAGGUGUAUACUUCAAUUCUACCUCCUGUCUUCCUAACCUAGUGGAGAAAGGUAGGUUUGUUUGUUUUUUCCAGAGGCUACAGAACCUUAGCAUGAGUGGGAUUGUAAAUGAGGAAAGGGGCUGUCAGGGGUGCACAGGGGUAGAGACCUGGUAAUAGCUGGGGAGGGAACUAGGUGGAAUUUUGUGUAUAUAUAACUACAAAACUGAAGGCUGCUAUUGUUUGUUGUGAUGCAGAAGUCAGUCACACAAGUGGACAGUGAGUUAACUGAAGGCUGAUGGGCUUUUGUCUUUGUUGUCUGACAGAUCAAUGUACUAAAUUUCCCUCCAGGAAGGUUUCUACAGUUGAAAGAAUGACCUUUCCUUUGUCAGCCUGUAUAUCUUGGAUGCUGUUGUCCUGCUGUGGAGCCUAUACAGGCUGCCAGCACCAUCCUGCUGUGACAUUUCAAGAUUGUUUUUGAAAUUCCAAACUCAGUAAAUGGAAAAUUUAAAAGAAAGCCAAGGAGCUUAGGAGAAACAUCUGGGGGGAGGGUAUCCACACUCUACAGUGAAAUUAGAUUCAACUCCAGUUUGUCACAUGUGUUUAAAUGGAAAAUCCCUGGGAAGUAGAAACUUCCCAUUAAAAUACUUAGGUGGGAAAAAAUCAGAAUUUGGAAAAGAGGCUUUAAGAAUUCUGCCAGAAAUUAAACAACAAAGUCUUUAAGUUUCCAGAUUGCAAUGGAAAAUACCCUUUGGGAAUAGAGAAUUCAGCAGCAGGCCCUUCCCAGGACUGGAGUCAGAGAGAGAGAAGGGAGGAUCCAUUCCAGCAGAGGCUGCUGUGAUCAGACAAAGGGAGGAGAGAAGCCACAGUACACAGCUCUCCCUUCACCCAAGACAUUUAUAUACAGAACAGGUGGGGACCCUUAUCUGGCAUGGCACUCCUACUCCAGCUGCAGCCCAGAGCCUGGCUGUGGACAGCACUGGUCCUCUAUGUGUUUGCUGGAUCCUGGAGGCAGACAGAUGGGCAGCUUCACACCGAGGACCAUGCUGAAGUGAAUGUGUUUCAUAACAAUCUGGAGGAUGCCAACGUCAUGCUAGAGUUGCUCUGGAAAGGACUGGAGAUUGAGGCUAACAAGACAAUCAGGCUGCAGGAUGAGGAACUGGCCUCUCUGCGCCCAGCAAAGCGAUUUCUCCAGAUCUUCCAGCACCAGGUUCCCAAGACAUCAGAAGGGAUCAAGGAGCAGCUGAAAUAUCUUUCACAGGCAGAUGCCCCUCUGAGUCUAGUAGAGUUUGAUCAGCUUCUCUUCACCAGCGUUUACUGCGCUUAUCAGAUUCGCUCCAUUCAAGGCCUGGACAAAAAUCUCUGGAUCAGUUUCUUUUCUCAGCUAGUUGAUGAAAUCCUCCAUGAUCUCUGCAAGGGAUUCUGCCCUGCAAAUUCCACUCUCCUGGCUUCCUGGCCUUGGAAGGAGAAGCCUUUUUAUUUAACCUCACUGAAAAAGUCUUAUCAUUCCAACCUGGCCAUGAUGAAGAGAGGCACUGAGUAAGGAGAUUGACAUGAGGAGAUUCAAUUGCAUUCUUUUUGUUAUGAGUGCUGCCAGUCAUCCCACAUUAUGCUGGUUAAUGUGCAGAAGUGCCACCAUUCUUCCGCUUUUGCUUUCUGUAUUGUACUGGCAACAUUCUAGGCAUUUAUCCAACCAGCUAUUGCCCCAUCUUUAAAUGUGAAACAAAGCCUGGGAUGUCUUCUUAGGAUCUCCAUAGAAGACACACUUCUGAGAUGCACUUCUGCCUUGAUCACUGAUGGCCAUUAGAGAUGUCACAGCACUUUUUGCAGAAGUCCAGGUAUUAGCCUGUAAUGGCUGAAUUCCAUUUCAAGUAAUUCUAUUUUGCCUCCCUAAAUUCCCCAUGGUUGCAGUUGGAUAUAGUAUUUUUCCUUUACUACAAUAACCCACUGUACAGCAUACUUGUGCUGUUCAUACAGCUGCUGUGUUCCACUUCAUAGGUGGCUACACUCUGUGGUGAUUCAAAUUAAGUUCUGACUCAUUUUAUGUCAUCCUAAGCCAGGUGCCUGGAACAGUUUCCCAAGUAAUGUGCACCCAUUUCCUUCCAAAAACUCCUUAAAAUGUACUGAUUCCAUGAACCCUUCUGGUAUAGAUAUUGUUCCCCAUUUUGUAUUACUACAGAGUGGGCAUUUGCUUGUAUGUCAUCUACUAGACUUUUGAGGGUAGGGAUCCAGUUAUUUGUUCAUUAGAUUUUACCUCUUCUAGAGAGUCUUCUUCUACAUCUGUGGCACUUUACAAAUAAAGUAAUUGGAACAAUACUG